AUGAAAGGCCCGCAUCCUCAUUCAUGCUUGUUCAACCCUGACAGCCCUGAGGACAUCGUUGGCAGCCGGCUUCAAUAUGAGCCCUUCUUCGUCCCUCGGCAGCCGGUCAUCAGAUCUCAGCAGUUCAAGAAGGAGUUUCAGCGCAUAGGGACGCUGAUCUUCAACCGUCAGCCUGGCUUCGGCCUCGCCUUUCUGGUGGCAAGCGGCGUGGCGCGGGACUACCCCGUGGAUAUGUCUACCUUUCUGCGAAGGAGUAAGGUCGAUAUCAAGCAAGUCGGAAACUUCCUGGGAGAGGCCUUCUCACUGUCCCACACGAUCCGCCUAGAGUUCCUGAAUUCAGUUGUGUUGCAGAACACCGGGGUCGUCUCUGCGUUGAUCCAGGUUUUUCACAUGCUUCAGCUUCCGGACGACCUGCAGAAAAUCAAUCGCCUUGUGCAUGGCGUGGCAAGGAUAUGGUGGAGGCAACACGAGCGGAUGCAGCGCGAAAGCUCGGGCGCUGCGGCUCCACGGAAGCCCCUUCAGGAGAACGGCUCCAUGCAGCUGAACCUCUCCCAGGAACUGAGUGGCCUCGAGCUGAAGCAGUACCUGUCAGGCUCUGACGUCUUGCACCAGUUGAUGUUCUCCACCGUCAUGUUGCACUGGUACCUAUACCGGGAUGGCCCGUCCGGGACGAAGAAGGAUAUGGACUUCGAGACCUGGCAGCGGCAAAAUCGUGGAAUUGAGACCAACGGCACUAACGUGCCCGACCACGUGCAGCAGCAAGUCUAUACGCUGGUGAACAAGGCCAGCUGGAGGAGAACUAGGUGCAGGAGAUCCCCUUUCUGUUGUGUUUUAAUUGAGAUAUGA